GCCGUUGGGAUUAGUGCCUGGGCAUGACAGGGCAGGAAGCCAGUAUAGAGGGGGCAAUACUCACCAGGUCCUCGAAUUGUUGGAUGAAGUAUUUCAUACCCAUGACACCACUGAUAUAACCGGAGUCAUAACCGAAGAAGACACCACCAAAGGCAGCGAAAGCACACAUCAUGUAGGCCUUGAGGGUGACCGGGGCCUCAACCCGCAGGCCGUUGACCGUGCCGUCAGCCAUGAUGACUGUUGACCGUGUGAUGCUCGAUGUGAACUAGAAGUCUUGACUGACACAGAGCCACAGAGGGAAAGAAGAAGUAUCGAUGCAAAACACACACGAGAUGAAUAAGUGUGAAGAUCGAUGAAGAAGGAGGAGAGAGUUGCAGUGAGAAGGUGCAGUCGAAACCGGGGGGGGUGCAGGCGACUUUAUAAUUCUUGUCGGGUCAGCGAGAGAGAAGAGGGGAAGAACAACAGAGUACGAAUGGAAGGGGAAGUUUGCAAUCGGGCCAGACCCGGACCCGGGGGGAAAUUUUUGCCCACGGGGAUUUCUCCAACCGUCGGGAUCGUGACUGUCCCAUUCAUGAUUUACUGGCCCUUUUGCCUUCGUCUUGCCCCGAUUAGGCAUGGACUGUUCUCGGUCAACGCCGCCAGCUCCAGCUAUUUGCCAUCGUCCCGAGGACUGGCCGAGACGACACGAGGAGAUUGUCUAGUUCAAGGGCUGUCAUGCUCUUUCGUAGACAAGUCCGAGUCAGUCAAGUUUGGAGCCGAGGAUGUCCAACCCUGGCCGAGUCUGAUGGUCUGGUGUCUCAGGAUCCACUUCUUACCGUCCCCAUACCUUGGAAAGAUGGAUAGAUGCAGUAGUCAUACCAGUAGUAUCCAGCCGCAGAUGGUACGACGGUGAGCAUGGCAUAGACUGGUGUGGCUGACCUCCUUCCAGGUCCGAUUUGUUUUAGUCGGGUCAGCCCAACCAGAACGAGAGACACACACACACACGC